GUCUGUCCGCGACCCGUCCGAGUUAAGACAAACCAGAACGAGUCAACUCAACCCAGGAAGCGGAACUCAAACCUUCCAAUAAACCAAAAUCUAUAGACCUAUUUCACGUCCGUUUUCCCCCUUUGCUGGGUUCUCCUCCUCCUUUUCGCCUUCAAUUCUUUCAUAAUCACACAAUCGAUUCCUUGGUUUUCUAAAUCGUAACCCUAAAAAGAGUACCCUCACAAACCCAAUUGCCUUUUUGGUUUUUGCUUAAUUUUCUAAAUACCUAGUUCUUUGGGGCUUCAAUAUUAUUGUCCUUAUUUGGUUCUCAAAAAGCACCCUCUGAAGCCUUGAUUUGGUUUUUUUCCUAAUCUGGGGGUUUGGUUAAGUUUGCAAACUGGCUAUGGACUACGAACCGUACGACAGCAGUGGAACGGAUGAUGAUCUUCCUCCAUCACAUCAAAAUAGGAUUCCAAGAGGUGGUGGCCGCAUGAAUGGAAAUGGGAGAUCUGCUGUCAUGGCAUCUGUACCCUACCAAAGGAUGUAUGGUGAAACUGACAUGGAGGCCCAAAUUCACCAGCUCGAGCAAGAAGCAUACAGUUCGGUUCUAAGAGCCUUUAAAGCUCAAGCUGAUGCCAUUACUUGGGAGAAAGAAAGUUUGAUAACGGAGUUAAGAAAAGAGUUAAGAUUGUCCAAUGAAGAACAUCGAGAACUUCUUGGUAGAGUUAAUGCUGAUGAUGUCAUCCGAAGAAUAAGGGAGUGGAGGCAGUCGGGGGCUCAUCAACCUGGUAUGCUUGGCACCGCUCAAGCUAUUCACGACCCAUUACCUAGCCCUUCUGUCUCAGCUUCACGGAAGAAACAGAAGAUAGCGCCAUCUUUACCGUCACAGUCCUUUGCUGGACCAUCUCCUACUUUUCACCCACCUGCUAUGGCUGCUGCAAGUCAGCCGUCUUCAUCCGCUGCCAAGAGAGGGCCUAUAAUGGGGCCUAAGGGCAAAAAGAGUAAAUCUGGCCAGAUGAUGCCUGGUGCAUCUUCAAUGAAAAUGCUGUACCCUUCCUCUGGUCCUUUUGGAAGAGGCCAACUAGGCAAUCGGGUCUCUGAACCUGCUGAAGCAGGAUCAUUUGAUCCAUUGAUUGGAAGGAAAGUGAGGACUAGAUGGCCUGAUGACAAUAAUUUUUAUGAGGCAGUCAUUACUGACUAUAACAAAGCUGAGGGUAGACAUGCCCUUGUUUAUGACAUUGGUACUACAAAUGAGACAUGGGAAUGGGUCAACCUUAAAGAGAUUUCUCCAGAGGAUAUUCAGUGGGAAGGUGAAGACCCAGGAAUUUCUCGUCAUGGAAAUUAUGGUGGAUCAGGCCGUGGCAUGAAUAGGCCUGUCGGGCGUGAUAGCGCUCCAGGUGCAGGCAGGGGAAGGGGGUUGACUAAACCACAGUCCAGAAAAGGCUUUCCACCAUCACAGAAUGGAGGAAAGAAGGGAUCUGAUGAUAUCCAGUUACUUCAGACGGAAACACUGAUUAAGGAGGUGGAGAGGGUCUUUGGCUCCAGUCAUCCAGACCCUUUGGAGAUCGAAAAGGCAAAAAAAGUGCUAAAGGAGCAUGAGCAAGCACUUCUGGAGGCCAUCUCAAAGCUCGGAGAGAUCUCUGAUGGCGAGAGUGGAUAAGUGGCCUAAAAUCAAUACAAGGAGUGAAGGAGUGAUGAUGUCAAACAAGCAUAACUUGAAGGACUUAGACAAGAUCCUUGUUUAGGAAUAACAGUACACUUCCAAAAUUAGGGACAUUUGAUGCUAUUUCCUCUUAAGUUUUCUUAUUUUUGAAUGAUGUUGGACAAGUUCCUUGCUGGCAGACGGCAGUAAUGGCAUAAUUUAUCCUUAUAAAAAAAAAGUUACUGUGUAAUUUAUAUCGAAGUACUCCUAUGCUUCUAAAUUGUGUUCUUGGAGUGAAUGGAAGUUGAAGUACCCUGCAGGACA